GUAUUUCCGUGUGAAUGUCAAAAAUAAAUGAAGAAGUGCAGAGAUAAAUACGGCUACUUUUAAUCAAUUAUCCCACGUCAGUUUCUUUGAUUACAUUAUUGGCAGCUGUUGGAAAUGUUGCGCCAAUUAUUCAUAUUUUUAUUAUUGGUCCUCCUAAGGGACUCAAACUGUGAACAAACGCCUGAGGAGGAGCAGGGCGUGCGCUAUGCAAAUCGCUGCGAAGCCUGUAAAAUUCUUGCCGCUGAAUUGGAAGCGCGAUUGGGCGAGACCGGCAAAUCGCACGAUGUCAUUGAAAUCGGCUACUCCGUGGACGAUGUGCGUCCGAAGAAGCGCACCGAAUACAGGCGCAGCGAGUUGCGUCUGCUCGAAUCGCUGGAGAAUGUGUGCGAGCGUGUGCUAGAGUAUAAUUUGCACAAGGAGCGCACCGAUAGCACACGAUUCGCCAAGGGCAUGUCGCAGACCUUCCAGACGCUGCACGGAUUGGUGGACAAGGGUGUAAAGGUGGAUUUGGGCAUACCCUAUGAGCUGUGGGACAAGCCGCCCGUCGAGGUCACCCAAAUGAAGACCCAGUGCGAAAACAUGCUCGAGCAAUACGAGGAUGCCAUCAGCGAUUGGUAUUUCAAGGAGCAGCAGCAGAAGUCUCUGCAGCAGCAUCUCUGCGAAGAUCAUGUGCUAAAGCACGCCGAGGAGCGUAAAUGCCUCAAGGAACAACUGACAGAGGAGCAAAAGCCCAAGGGCAAGAAGCGCAAGGCCAAAGGCGACAAGGAAGAGCUGUAGUUGAGCACGUUAGUUAAGUCCUAAAGAGAUUGCAGUUUAUCCUAAGCCUAGCCAUUUAGUGAUCAAAGCAUUUGUAGUGAAGUUAGACGACUUACUCUCUAUAUUCCGUAAGCUUCCGAGCUGACUGAAAGCCAAAAUGUAACUGACCCACUAUCGAUUGGCAGCGCAAUUCCAUUGCAGCCCUUGACAAAUGGGGCGGCCGGAAAUCGACGAGUGCGGGGAUGGUAUCCAAAUAGUGUCUAUAUAUUUAUACAACUUUCGUUUACACGAUGAUCGUUUGUAACGUGAUAAAAAGCAAAUGUAACAUGAACUUUAACUUUUGUUAGGAUAUCUCUUUGAAAUUGAUGUUGCUCUAUAAAUAAGUCAGAAGUUUCUUAUUUAUGUUUAAAUAUAUAUAAAUUUAGGUUAUCUCAAGAAUUAAUUGGAGCUAUUAUUCAUUUUGAACAGUUUCUCCAUUUACAACACUUUCUAUAGCUGAUAUGAAUAUGAAAUUUAUGAGAAUUACUUUCUAAAUAGAACUGUUUUAUGGAAUGUCUUUAAAAUAAUAUUACUUUAAGGGAAAAAAUCUUAUUUCAAGCUACUAGAAACUUUUGCUUUGUAAAUUUUAACUGAUUAAGAUUAAUCCAUCUGACAAAUUCCAUAAUUCUGUUGCUACUUUAGGGAUAGAUUUAAUAGAAACUUUUACUUUACCUUAUAAAUCUCACCUCAAUUCAUAUUAAAUUAUUAUCAAAUUAAAUCAAAAUACUUUUUGCUCAAGUCGAAGGUAAAAUUACCAUGUACUUUAGCAGCCAGUUAACCAGCACAGUACACAUUGUAAUUAUUCUCUUUGAUUUUAUUGCGUUUAAUUUAUAAUCACGCUUCAAGGACUUCAUAUAAAUGUAGCAUAUGUAUAUUGUAACUGUGUAUCGUUUCGUUUCCGUUUUGUGUAUAAUAAAUACGUUACGUAUGUUUAUAAUUAUUAAUGUAAAAAAAUAAGUAAU